AUGCCAGAGCAUGAUGGGCUUAUGAGAGUAUUUUGGCCAUUAGACGCACCAAGAACCGAUUCGCCUGGCAUAAUAGUGGGUUGGCGGAAUUCAGGGCUUGACGUCUUUGUCGUGGCAAUAUUGGAGGAUGUUGAUGCACGGAACGUGGAGAAUGCCCUGAAGAUUGGAACGUUAUUUCGAAAUGCCAGUCACCCCAUAGAACGAAUAUACCAACUAUGUGGGCAGUCCUCAAUGCAUGUCCUGGGCCUGGCGAACACCCCCGAAGCCGACGUCGAGCCCCUCCAAAUGCACGCGACCACGGGGCCAGGACUCAGAGAGCCUCAAAUAUCCUGCGCCAGAGCUGCAACGAUACAGAUCAUAAUGUUUGAGAGACCUCUCCCGAACAGAAUGCAAUACAUAUCCUUAGACCCGAUCUCGUUAGCUUUGGGGGAUCAGGCUGAAAAGACAGUUCAUGCUCCAGGAAGCGUAGAUGCGGAAGAGGAGAAGGAAGAGAUGAGAAACAAGGAAAGGAAGAGAGCGCUGGUUGAGAAGUUAAAGUUGCACACCGUGAUUAAACAUCCACGCUCACAGAAGGAGCUUGCCCUCUCCAGGAUUGUCAAUCAGAUCAAUUGCUCUUGGGAGCUACACAAGCUGCUACAGCAGAACAUAUCACUCGUUGGGACACGUUCACGGCGGAGCUUAAGCGUCUCAGAGAGGGUGGUUGAGUCUGCAACGAGCAUGCGCGACUUCGUGGUGAUGGCAAUUCUGCAACUAAUUACUGUCUACAUAUAUCCAACUGUGCGACGAGCCUUUAUUAUCGGUCUUCUGGGUCAUCGGGUUGCCGCUGAAGCGCUUCUACUAGUGCUUGAGUGGAGGGCAAGGCCGGACUAUGCAGCUCUGAAGGACAUAUCGGCAACAGCCCAACAAGUUGAAAUACGGCUGCAGCAAUUCUGUUACUGGCCAAUGCAGUAUGUAACCCUACGGAAACGUAAGGACGACUGGGAGAGUGUUACGACUAGCCACGCAGAUUAUAUCAGGUUCUAUAAUAGUCUCUGGUUAGUCGCCAAUGAUGUGAUAAUCGGUAUUGCCCUUGGGUCGUACAUUAUCGAUAAUUCAGCAUGGGUGGCCGAGUCUAUCAGCGGAGUUCUAAGCACAUAUUCUAUUGCCGCCUUACAGAGAACGAUAUCUUGGUUGAUGGACUGGCCAGCUGGGCUAAAGCUGAACAAUGAGUUGGCCGCUUUCCUUGGUGACCUCUUCCUAUGGGUCAUUGAUCACUGGUCAAGCUGUAUCGAAACUCUGCGUCCCGCUCUACCUCACCUCAUUUGGUUCAUCGGAUUCUCAAGCUUUGCGGGUGCCAGUAUGCCGAUUGCCGUCUUCUCGGAUCUCGUCUCGAUAUUGACCAUACACAUAUAUUCGUUCUACAUGGCCUCAGCCCGAAUCUUCAACUGGCAGUAUACCAUACUCAUCUCCCUAUUCCAACUCUUUCGAGGAAAGAAGCACAAUGUGCUCCGGAAACGAAUUGACUCAUGCGAUUACGAUCUCGACCAACUGCUCCUGGGCACAAUCUUGUUCACACUACUCUUCUUCUUACUACCGACGGUGGUUGUAUUUUACCUCACGUUUGCAUGCUCACGCAUGGCGAUUAUCUGCUUAAAGGCCAUUUUAGAUACAUUGCUAGCUUGCCUGAACCAUUUCCCACUUUUUGCUCUUAUGCUACGAAUUAAAGACUCGCAACGACUGCCAGGUGGCAUUCGUUUUGAACUUCGAGAUACCCAACAAUUCGCGAGUCCUUCUGAUAAUGCACUCCCAACCUCAUAUAUAUACCUCAAGUCCGUCCCGCUCACGUUUCGCGCUAUGUUCCAACAAUAUUUUCAGCUCGGCCACCGCAUCCGCAACCACUACCUCUCCCCGCGCGUUCUUUGGUGUCUUGCCACUGGCCAGUUCGUACCGCCGAUCCACCGCAAGAAUCUCUAUAGUCUGCAAUACAGCAUGUUGCCUGCGCGCCGAGCAGGCAUUUGGGAUAUGUGGAAUGCGUUAGUUAAAACUCCCCCAAAGCAGAAACAAAAACCAUCAGGUUGGGAGGGGCGGGCGAAUGGGAAUGGGAGACGGCUUAAUGGUAACGGCAGAAGAUACAUGCAUCAUUAG